GGCUAGAAGCUUGAUAGAAUAGUUACCUAAUUAUAGUUACCUAAUUGGUAGAUUGCAAUGGAUCAAAUUCGUCGCAGUGAUUGUUGCAAGAGAAACUGAGAAAGAGAAAGGAAAACAAAACCAGAAACAAGGAAAGAAAGAAACACGAGUCCAUGACUGAUCAGUGAUUCGUCGUUAGGGUUUUAUCCCCACUUCCAACAGCAUGGAUCAACACAGAGAAUACCGUUCCUCUUGGUCCUACGACAACUCUGUCCCUCCACCUUCCUACCACGACGGCGGUAACUUUAACCAUGGUAGCGGAUUCUCUAACGACGGCCACUUCGAUCACCACCGUAGAUACCAAAACCACCAUCAAGAUGUCGGUAACGAACCAAACGACUCAUUUGGAUACGCCAUUGGAACUGCAUUUGCUGGACGAAAGCGACAAUUCUCUCACUCUGCUCACGGACCUCCUGGAUACAACAAUGAUGGAAAUUAUGCGAAGCUUUAUGUUAAAGGGGUCCCAAGAGAAGUCACUGAACAAGAUAUCCGUUCCUUAUUUGGUAAACAUGGAAACAUCAUUGAGGUCGUUCUUUUCAAGCAACUAAAAAGCGUACAAGAGCAAGAAUGUUGUUUUGUGAAAUAUGCAAAGACAGAGGAUGCUGCCCAAGCUAUACGAGCAUUACAUAAUCAACAUAGUUUUCCUGGGGGAAUGCGUCCCAUUGAAGUUAAAUAUGCCUCAAGCUCAAAGAAACACGAACAUCUAGGGUGCUUCAGGACGAAUGAAUGCAAAGUGUUUGUUGGUUUCCUGAACAAGCAUGCAUCCGAAGGGGAAAUUGCAGAAAUAUUUUCCCCUUAUGGGUGUGUUGAAGAGGUGUUCCUACUGCGUGAUGAACAGAAGCAGAACCGUGGCAUGGGAUUCAUCACAUUCACUCACAAAGAUAUGGCUGUUGCUUCAAUUAAUGGUCUGCACGGAAACUAUGUGAUGAAAGGUUGUGAUCAGCCCUUGGUUGUCCGGUUUGCAGACCCAAAGAAGCCAAAAACUUGGGAAAACAGAUGUGCACCUUACAUGAAUGAUCCAGUGGGUCAAACCUCACUACUACCUAAUAAUACUUCACAUAUGGAUAUGUAUUCACAUACUGGAAACGGAAACGGAAGCGAGCCUCCAUCGGUUUCCAGCUCUACUACUUGUGUGCCUGGCCCUGGCCCCACUACAAGUAUGAGCAUAUAUGUCCUGAUGGCAAUGCAUACUAUUAUAACUCUGAAACAUGUGAAAGCCUGUGGGAGAAACCAGAGGAAUACAGCUAUUACAAGCAACAACUUCUUGACAAGUGCCAUUAUUAAUCCUCCAUGUCAGCAGCAUACCUAUCGAGGUUUAUAUAUUUAUGUCAUCUUCUCUUUUCAUGUCAUACCAAUACCAAUACCAUGGGGAAUGCUAACCAAUCCAUCAGCUAGGAGCUAGAUAGGGUCACGUUUGACAAAGCAUAUGUUAUUAAUGUUUGGUAGCCAGGUGAAAUUGUUUAAUAUCUCUAUUAAUCUUAUUAACAUAUAUAGAUAUAGUGGUAUGAUUCCCAUGUGAGGGUGAGGGUGGACAACUAUCGUGGGGCCACAUGCAUGUAAUGUUUCCAUACAAAUUUAAUUUAGUGUGUUUGAGGAA